AUGCCGGUUAUAAAUGUAGACGACCUAACGGACAAGGACAAAGCUAAAAUGGAGGUAGACCAGCUUAAAAUUGAAGUCAAACUCGAGAGAUGGGUGACGUCUAAAUGCUGUGAGGAGAUCAAGGACUACAUUCAGGCCGGCGUCGAUGAGGACACCCUUGUCAAAGGCAUCUCGGAGGAGAAGAACCCCUUCAAGGAGAAGGGUGGCUGUGUCAUUUGCUAG